GAGAGAGAGAGACCAGACAGAGCUGGUAACGGGGUAUAAAAGAGCCAAAAUGAAAAGGAGACAAAGUACACAAGGGGUCAACUUUCCUCUGUCCAGAGACAAGACCACCGCCGUACAAUAUGUCUCAGCAAGAGGUAAAGAAGAAGAAGCGUCCAGUUAUCAAAGAGGAAGACCUGAAAGGAGCCCGCAAUAAACUGGGGCUGAAGGGAGAGGCCAAGAGCAAAACAUAUGAAGUCAUGGUCGAGUGUGAGCGCAUGGGGAAGGUUGCGCCGUCUGUAUUCAGUGGAGUACGAUCUGGAGCGGAGACAGCAUUUGAGAAACCCAAGCCUCCAUCAGGAAGCGUGUUUGGCAAGUGAGAAAUUGAAUGUAGAGAUGAACAAAUAGACACUUGUUGUCUGUGUUUUAUAUACAGUAUGUCUACAGUGGCAUAUGUCAUAUAGGUACUUGACUAUAAUGGGGUAAUUUUGUUGUGUAUAAUUGUAUUUUUUCGGUAACACUACACUACAAUAAGGAUGCAUUUGUUAAUAUUAGUUAAUGCAUUAGGUAUCAUGAACAAACAAUUAACAAUAUAUAUAUUUUUAACAGCAUUUAUUCAUGUUUGUAAAUGUUAGUUAAUAAAAAAAUACAAUUGUUUAUUGUUAGUUCAUGCUAGUUCAUAGUGCAUUAACUAUUGUUAACUAAUACAACUUUUGAUUUUAAAAAUGUAUUGGUAUGUGUUGAAAUUAACAUUAAGAUUAAUAAAUGCCGGAAAAUAAUUGUUCAUGUUAAUGUUGUUAACUAAUGUUAACAAAUGGAACCUUAAUGCAGUGUUUUGUUUUUUUUUUUUUUACUGUUAGCUGUUAUUAUUUAAAGCAUUCAUUGUCCUUAAAGACCUGUCUGAACCCUUAUGUGUCAAUUUCUAAUGUCUUUUGUAUAU